AUGGACCGUCUCACGCGACUGCAGGCGCAGCUCAGCGCCUCAGCGCACGCCUCGACCAGCGACGUGUACGUGUCGUCAAGACCGACCGCUUGUCCGCAGUCUGUCUACGAGACGGUGCUCUCGCCCGCUGCAGUCGCGUUCGUGGCCGAGCUGGCAGCUACGUUUCACCCGGCGGUCCAGCAGCUGCAUCGACGACGUCAAGUCCGCCGCCUGGCAACGAAAGUUCAUGGCGCAAUGCCGCAAUUCCUCGAAGAAACUCGUGCCGUCCGUCAAGAUGAGACGUGGCGCGUUGAUCCUCAAGUUGAAGCGCUGAGGGACCGACGCGUGGAUAUAGGCGACGUCUCUCCUGCAAGUAGGGACCUGCUGGUCAGUGCACUGACCUCUGGAGCUCAAGGCGUCCAAGUUGACUUUGACGACGGACAUUGUCCGACGUGGAACAACACGAUCGAGGGUCACUUUAAUGUACGGCAAGCGGCCUGGGGUGUGCUGGAAGUAUCGGGAGCGAAGAUUGCUGAGCACUCGGCCCUUUUGAUCGUUCGUCCACGGGCGUGGAACAUGGACGAGCCGCACAUGGUCGUGAAUGGACACGUCGUGCCCGGCGCGUUGUUUGAUUUUGGAGUGCAUCUGUUCCAGAACGGCAAGCAUCUGUACGAAAAGGGAACGGGGCCGUUCUUGUAUCUUUCCAAGCUGGAAGGGCAUACGGAAGCUGCUCUAUGGAGAAAAAUCUUCGAGCACACAGAGAGAAAACUCCAACUUGCGCACGGAAGCAUCAAGGCAACGGUACUGAUUGAAAACAUAUUCGCAGCUUUUGAGAUGGAUGAGAUUCUCUACGAGCUCCGUCAUCAUUCGUCCGGCCUGAACUGCGGAAUGUGGGACUACACGGCGUCUAUCGUCACCAAUUUCCGCCAUCAGCCCGAGUUUGUUUUGCCAGACCGUCAGCAGUACGUCUCGAUGAAGUCUGAUUUUCUCAGACACUACAUGGAUCUGCUGAUAGUCACGUGCAAGCGUCGUCAUGCACCGGCUACUACUGGCAUGGUGCCGUUUGUUCUUGCCGAGUUGCCGCGAUCGCUAUCUCGGCACGAAGCGAUCGAAAGAGCACGGUCAGCCAAGAGAAUGGAAGCUUUAGCUGGAUCGGAUGGUGCGCUGGUGUACGAUCCAGCACUAGUCCAGCCUGUGGCCGAAGUGUUCUCGACAGCUCGUGGAAACACCAGCACACACUGUGCUACUCUGGAUGAAGCUUUGCUUCAUAGAAAGCUACUUACGCUGCCACGUGGUAGUGUAACGCUACAGUCUGUGGAGGUGAACGUGCGAGUAGCAUUUUUGUAUGUCCUGCACUGGCUGCGCGGGCGCGGCACUGUUGUCGUGAAUGGAUGUGUUGAAGACUCCGCCACGGCCGAAAUAUCGCGUGCCCAGUUGUGGCAAUGGGUGCAUCACCGCGUGCCGAUCACCGGAACUUUGACACGAGUGAAUGCCUCUCUCAUCGAGAAAAUGCUGCAGAAGGUACUUCGUGAGGGACACCGAGCGCAACACCCACCUCGUUGUAUCCUAGCAGCACAGCAGCUCGUAUUCCACCUGUCGACGAUGCGGUUUCCUCCUGCUUUCAUCACGACGUUUCUUCAAGAGCAAAUGGCCGGCAUGAAACAUCUCGAGCCGUGGUAG